UACGUGCCUGCCUGGCCACGUUUAAUUUUCGUUCUCAUCCAGCGUGCUAGUGGCUGGUACUUCCAGAUCUUGACUCUCUUUUUCCAGUAGUUUUCUUUUGACCCCAAGAACAAAAAAGAAGAACAGAAAAACCCAGAGUUCCGUAAGCCUCCUGCCCUCCUCCGUCCUCCGGCUAUGGGUUCCGGUCUGCUGUUCGUGCUAGUCUUCUCAACGAUGAGUCUUAUCACACCCAUCUCUUCCGAAUCGUUUAUCAAACUCCCAUCGGAAGGAGCCGUGUUCAGCAGUCGGAAGGUUAGGGCGGACGAUCGUGUGUAUUGCGACAGCUGGAGACUCUCCGUCGAAACCAAUAACGCCGGUAUAUGGGAACGAAUACCGGAAAGAUGCACACGGUUCGUGGAGGAUUAUAUGACCGGCGGGCGUUACCGGUCGGACUUAGAUGUAAUCGCGAACUUCUCGUCCACGUUUGCGAAUAGUGUGAAGUUAGCGGGAGACGGAAGAGACGCCUGGGUAUUCGACGUCGACGAGACUCUUCUAUCCAACUUACCUUACUACGAGAACCAUGGAUUCGGGUCAGAGAUAUUCAAUGAGACGUCCUUCGAUGAUUGGGUGAAUGUAGCUAAGGCUCCAGCCCUACCAGCCAGUUUGAGAUUGUACAAAGAGCUUCAACAACUGGGGUUCAAGGUAUUUCUUUUAACUGGGAGAAGUGAAUACCAAAGGGAGGCCACAGAGGCAAACCUUUUAUUUUCAGGGUACAGCAACUGGGAGAGGCUUAUCUUGAGAGGCAAAUUUGACCAAGGAAAACUAGCCACUGUUUACAAAUCAGAGAGGAGGCAAGAAUUGGUUGACGAGGGUUACAUAAUUCAUGGGUGCUCAGGAGAUCAAUGGAGUGAUCUAUUGGGUUAUGCUGUGGCCACACGCUCUUUUAAACUCCCCAAUCCAAUGGGCAAUCAGUGGCGGGUGAACUAAUCCUGUAAUCUAAAGAAUGAUCGCACGUGUCAAGUUUAAUGCGGGGAAGAAAAGAAGCUGAGGGCGCAAACUAUGAAGAACCCGUGAUACUGUGAGUAACUAAAACAAACAAGCAUGUCACGUGACACACCGAUUGUCCUGCAUGUCAAUGGCAUAACUAGAGCAGCAUUAUUAUGCUGGUCACUUAUAUAUUAGAUGUCUCGCAAAUCCUUUUCCUUCGAUUUCGAGACAUGUGUUUAUCCGUGCAAGCCAAUUAAAUUAGCCAACAGGUACACCGGAUCCAUGAAGAAUUAAAUUAGCAAGGUAGAAUCAUAAUUGCUAGCAUUAAUUAACAGAACUGCCAUGGCCACGGCCAACCUGUAACCAUGGGGUAAAAUAUCAAGGCGAAGAAGAUGGGCUGAUAUGAGCGCGCUUGGAGAGACCGACGCCAAGCGAACCACAAACAAGCUUCGGAGUUGGGAUUCUGAGACAAUUUAAGCUGCCACCAGGGAUCACAGAACACUCUGGUUGAGGUCUCUGCAUGUCCCUCCCGGGAAUGCAAUUGUCUGAGAAAUCAAAACCCACAUUCCUGACGAACAGCCUCGAGCAUUGCUGGCUGAACCCGGAAAAGAAAUUAUAGGCAACCGUGAGAUUCAAAAGGUUUCUCAGAGAGCAGAUCACGUCCGAUAACUCCCCAGAAAGCUUGUUGUGCGCCAAAUUCAGAACUUCCAUGUCUUGCAGGCAAGACAUUGUAUCUGGCAAGUGACCCAUCAAUGAAUUGUAGCUGACAUCCAGAACUUGCAUCUGCGUGAAGAUCCCAACCCCUUCAGGAAUGCACCCUGUUAGCUGGUUAUUGAGGAAGAGAAUCUCCUUCAGCUUAGAACCCAUGAAGCCGAAACUCGCAGGGAUGCUUCCACUGAACUUGUUGUUAGCUAAAUUUAUGACGGAAGCAGGGGAAUUGCCCAAAUUUUGGGGAAUUUCGCCUUCAAAUUGAUUGUUGUUGAGAAAAAUAGCAUCCAGAUUCUUGUUGAAAAGAUCAUCAGGGAGGGGUCCGGAGAAAGAGUUGAAUCUGAGGUCCAAGUAAACCAGACUGGGCAUUGACAAGGUCACCGAGGGGAAAGGGCCUGAGAGUUGGUUGUUGCUGAGGUCUAAUUCCUCAAGAGAAGAGAGGUCUCUGAACGUAUCAGGAACUGUACCUGUAAAUCUGUUGCUGUUGAGAUGGAGAAGAGACAUUUCGGUGAGUAAAGAGAGCUCUUUCACGAGACUUCCUCUAAGAUUCGCGUGGUUGAGAUCUAUUCCCGCCACCACAAGCUCACCGGAAGCAUCCUCGGGAUUCGCACAAAACACCCCUUUAUAAGAACACACAUUCGAACCAUUCCAACUCUCCAGAAUCCUCAGUGGGUCGUCUGUAAUCGCGGCUUUCCAUGCCUGGAGAGCCGCGUAGGCUUUGUCUUGCCUCGGCACUGAAGAAGGCCCCGACUGCCCCGGAGAACCGUUACUCCCGCCGGCGCCAACCCAUACCACUCCGCCGCCGCCGCCGCCGCCAACACCUACACCGACGCCAAUGUCACCGCCGACGCCAAAGGCUGCUCUUGCUGGAUCUAAAUGGAGGUUAAGGUGAAGGAGGAGAAGGAGAUCAAAAGCCAGAAUCAUCCCGGCCUUCUCCAUUACUCCGAGCUUAAAAGACCAAGACGCCUGUUUUUUUUUUUUAUGGUCUCCCCUAUAAGACUGUCCAAAUAAGCUCGAUGCUGCAUUCAAGAGGAAGAAAGUGGUAUACUGGUGGGGUUUAAUUGGCCUUGCCAGAAAUUCUUGACUCCAUCACACCCUUUGUACAAUUAAAGGCUUAGAUAUUAUUGAAACGCAAUAAGAUGGGAGCUUAAUCACAGACAGUUAUUGGCUUUUGGGCUACA